AUUACUGUACUGCAUAUUGAGCAGAUUAAUAAAGACCUAAGUCUUGGUAUUCUUAAUGACAUGAAAACAGCGAAAUGUAAAAUGUUAAACUAGAUAUUGAGCAUUGUGCACUUGUUUGUUUACGUACACCUCAACUGCCUAUGUGUUGAUUGCAAGUGUGGAAAUCCGAAUGUUGUGGUUAUUAAGUCUGCUUUUGUUAUCUCCUGCGUUAAGCCUAAGGAAUGUUAACGUAACACGCUCAAUACGCAUUAGAGGCAGUGUCGUCAGGAUAAAUCAUGAUAUUUCACUCAGCGAAACCCCCUCCGAGUAUCAGUUUGUUGUUGAAGAAAAGGAUAAUCAACACCUAGCUUUUAUCAGCGCAUCGCUUGGGGACAGUAAAACGGGAAAAAAUAUUCCAGUAAAACCAACUUCAGGGAAGCCAAAUACAUACGUUAUAAGUCUCGGAAAACCAUCUUCACAACCUUCACGCGUGUUAGUAGAUGUUGUGUUAACUGGGGUUUUGGAACCAAGACCUUCCGAAAUUCGCCAGUCUGACAAACAGUCAGUUAAAUUCAAGGGGAAUGUGUACUUUUUUUCACCCUACCCCACCGACAGUCAGCUAACAAAUGUUCAUUUGCCGAAAGGACAGAUUCUAACUCACACUGUAACGUCCAAACAACCUAUUGUGAGCGGAAACAAUAUUGUCUACGGUCCUUUUGAAAAGCAACCAGCCUUCUCCAUGGAGCCUCUUGUUCUGCACUUUGAACAUAAUGUUCCUUUCCUGAUAGUUACUGAAAUGACUCGCCUCAUUGAAGUAUCUCAUUGGGGGAACAUUGCUGUUGAAGAGACGCUUGAAGUUGUGAAUAUGGGUGCAAAGUUGCGCGGUCCUUUUUCUCGUCUAGAUUUUGAUUAUGGAAUAGGUCAGCAGCUAGCUGUCAAUUCUCUUAAAACAUCUCUUCCGGCAUCUGCAAAGGAUAUUUACUAUCGUGAUGAAAUUGGAAAUAUAAGCACAAGUACAGUAAGCGAUUCGUUGGACUCUGUGGAGGUAACAUUAGUCCCACGUUUUCCGUUGAUGGGUGGAUGGAAAACACGUUAUACAUUAGGAUACAACAUUCCAGCCUAUGAGUUCCUCUAUCGCAGUGGUUCUCAGUUCGCCCUUGCAAUGCGGUUCGUUGAUCAUGUUUAUGAGAAUCAAGUGAUUCAAAAUCUGACACUAAAAAUAGUCCUACCUGAAGCCGUGUCUGAUAUUCACUUUGUUCCGCCUUUCCCCGUUCGUGAUCAAUAUUUUGAGAAUAUGAAGACGUACUUAGAUACUACAGGUCGUACCAACACAUUCAAGAUUUUGAGGUACCGUUUCAAUCUCGCACUGAUUCUUCGAGAACCAUUGAUGCUGAUUGUAGCGUUCUUGUGCAUCUUCGUUGCCAUAAUAAUUUAUGUUCGCUUGGACUUUUCAAUUUAUAAGGAUGAAAAAAGUGAACUACGCCUUCGAGCGCAAACUCUGGUAGACGAAGCUCAAGCCUUACUGAGUCGUCGUUCUUCUCUAUAUCAGUCUUACGAAGAUAUUCUAUUAAAAUACAAGGCGUCGAAAAAUAGUGCACAAUUUACAACUGAUCGUCGCAAAUUGGAAACGGAUCAUAAGAGUGUUACCCAGCAGCUGUUAUCUGUUCAGAAUAAAAUGGCUGAUCUUUACACGGAUGGAGUUGAAAAGUUAAAUGAAAUAAAUAGCUUGGAUCAACGAUAUCGUGAUCUAAUCCAAGAAGGUGUACAAUUAGCUGAGAAAUUGCUCUCAGGCAAAUUGACAAAAGCACAAUAUCAAUCAUCAAAUGAUGAUUUGAGUUCUAAAAAAGCUGAAAUCAUCUACAAAAUGGACUCCAUCACAGAAUGUCUGUAGUUAUCAUAAUAAUAAUAAUACGGAACUUGACUUGACAUAGUCCUGUUUUUCUUUUUUUAUAAAAAAGUGUUCUCCCGUGUUAAUUUUUUCUUCUGUUAUUUUCUUGCUUGAUCAGGCGUUUACUUUUGUCAUUGCAUGCUAAGAAAGUUGGAAUGUUUUUGUUUUAAAUGAGCUAUUUGUACAUCUUUGUGUGUAUGUGUGUGUGGAAUAAAUAUCAAGCAUUU